UAUCCUCCAGUAAUAGUAUUCUCCUUAAGUAGUAUUGGGUAUUAUUCAACUUUAAAUUCAGGUGUUUUUGAAAAAUACUCCAAUACUAAUCAAAAUUCGAUUUUGAAAAGUAUCCCCAGUACUAAUCAAAAUCCGAUUUUGAGAAGUAUCUCUGGUACUAAUCAAGAUCCAGCAACAU